AAAACUGUGUUCAGCCACCUUAAAAUCUUGGUAUAAUUAAAUUUCUCGUCCAGUGGCCCGAGAUAGGUAUCAAAAUACAGGUAUCGAGUACAUGAAGUACUUCAGCUUUGCUCUGUCGGCGGUCAUACAAAUGAAUAUGAUAUCGUGAUAUCGUAUGUGAAUCUCAUCAAAAAGAUUGGAUAACACAACGUCAUAAAGAGCGGUGUGUUUCUGCUUCUUACUAAAGGUAUGGGGAGUUCUCUUAACCUGGCUUCAUAAAAGGCUUCGGAGUUUUCGAGUCAACAGACGCCAUGUCCUCAGUUCUCUGUUCUCCCACAAUGUUGGUCACAAAGUUAACACCUGCUCACCCCCUGGAUAAUUUACUGAUUCUGGUCUCGUAUACAUAAAUGGAACUAAGCACUGAUGAGCUGUUAGAGAGCAUUGGCAGCUUUGGCCGCUACCAAAUUCUGCUCAACGUAUUUUGCAACCUGGCUUAUAUGUUCUGGUGGGGCAUACCUGUGAUGGUCAUGGUGUUUAUUGCAUCGGAUCCAGGCUGGAAAUGUAAAAAUAACGCCACAUGUCCCUUUACGGAGACUAUAAGACUCGGAGAUGAUAACUACUCCUACAGAUGUGAUAUUCCCAGAAAAGAUUGGGAAUUUGGAAAUGAUUUCACGUCAGUCGUCACCGAGUUUGAACUGGUGUGCAAACGUGGUUCAUUUGGAUUUAUCUCAACCUCUGUGAUCUUCUUGGGAUUUUUUAUUGGUAGCAUUUUUGUGAGUAGCAUAUCUGACAAGUUUGGUAGGAAGUACCCGCUGUUCAUCUGUGGUUUUCUUUGCUGCGCUUUUAACUUCGCUUCAGCCUUUGCUCCAUCGUUCUGGGUGUUUGCCCUCUGUCGUGGUAUCACUGGAUUCAUGAUUGGUGCUUUCAGUAUUCCGGUAUUCGUGUUAGCAACUGAGUUUUCUGGAAUUCGCCAUAGAAGCACUGCCGGAUCUCUGAUUUGGCUCGGUUUUGUGGCGGCCAUCGUGAGUUUAGCAGGAAUGGCAUACUUCAUCAGAGAUUGGAGAAAAUUAACAGUGUUAUCUGGAGCUCCAGGGAUUUUAUUGGUGCCUUGUUGGUUGUCCACCCCAGAGUCUUUUCGAUGGUAUUUAAAGAAAGGUCGGGUGAUCGAAGCUAGGAAAGUGUUAUGCAAUGUCGCCAAGGUAAAUGGCAAAAAGAUGCCGGACGUAAUACUGAAAUUACCCAAUGAUGAGAAGAAAGAAAGACUUGGGGAUUUUCGUGACUUGUUUUCGUCAGCGAAAAUGACUCAUAAGACGCUUGCUUCCUGGCUUAUGUGGUUCACUGCUUCUUUCAUCUCCUGGGGUAUAUCAUUCAGCGCACCAUUCCUUGGAGGGAACGUUUACCUCAAUAUUUCGAUUUCUGCUCUUGCCACAUUGCCUGCAUAUCCUAUUUCGGCCGGUUUGACACUGAAGAUUGGUCGAAGAAAAAUGGUGUCGGCGUCGUUUCUUGGGGGCGCUGUGGGAACUGUUGGUGCGCUUCUUCUGUCAGAUCUGGCUGAGAAUGACAAAGGUUACUUGGCUGCAAAAAUCUUCAUGUAUAUGUUCGUGGCUAAGUUAAGUGGAGAUAUUGCCUUUACAUUGGUGUACAUUUACUCUGCAGAACUGUUUCCAACAACAGUAAGAACUGUUGCGAUGGGGACAUCAAGUGCGGCUGCCCGAACUAGUGCAUUUGCUUCUGUCUAUGCCCCUCUCUUGCUCACUGUUAAUCGUUACCUGCCAUUUGGGAUUAUGGGCGGCUUAUCGCUAGUUACAGCGAUUGUGUGCAUGACAUUACCAGAAACUCGCAACGAGCCCACGAUAGAAGAUUUGCAUCCAGGAGAUGGAACUGAAAAUGACGACGAAAAUGGAGAUGAAUAUUCCGCUCUUGUUAAUGAAACGAGAAAUUCAAACGCGUAAGCCUCGGUCUGUACGUUUUUUGACCCGCUUACCAAAUAUUGAAGACCAAAAAUUUUUUACUGUUUUUUAUUUCAAUUUGUCAUACAAUAAACCUAACUUUUUUUACUUAA